AUGGCCCACGUUAACCCUCUCCACAUUCCAGUCACCUCCGCCCAAUACUCCUCGUACAGCUCGCUCUCCGGAGCGCUCAUCACCGCGUCGCACAAGUUCGAGUCUCCCUUCCGGCGGUGGCUCCCUCAGAAGCCCUACGUGCCUCCCUCGAAGUGGAGGCAGGCGACUGCCACAGAUUACCGCCACCUCCCCGCUAUCUCGUUCGACUACAUUGGAUUCUCGAAGCAGGGUGUACCGAUGCGCGAGCUUUCGGCGCGGAGUAUCUCUGCGCUUGGCCAGAUGCUGGCGGGCGCUAAUGAGCCUGUGUUUGCGAGUACCGGCUUGAAGUCUGUGACUCUACGGAUUAUGUGGCCUGGAUACACCCACCUCGACUUUUACCGAGUCAUCAACGUGGUUACGGGGAGUGGACACAUCACUCGAGCCCAACUUGCCGCUCUGAUCGCCCAGAACUUUGCGCGUUUCCAUGCCCGCAAUGAGCGCCCGGACGCGGUGGAAUACGCUAUCAGCCCUGCUGGUAUUCAAUUCGAGCACCUGGUUCUUGUUGGGUUCCAUAAUACGUUUGAAGAUGUUUGGCAGGCUGAUGUUGCUAUUGACCGUCGAUGA